AGAUUCCGAACCUGUAUAUAUACGACCGUGCAAAAAAGUAAACAUCGAAAUUGUUGACAAAAAAUAAUAAAAUAGAAGUUGUUCCAAGUAUAAUUUAUUAAUCUAUUUAAAUGGAGUACAAUAGAAUUCGUACAGGAAAACUUGUACUUAAAGGAGAAAAACAGAAAACAAAAAAAAGAAAACAUAAAAAUUUAGAAAAAAUUGAACAAAAACCCGAAGUUCAGGACACUGAUGUCAUUAAUCAUGGUGGUUGGUGCAAAACAACUAGUGUGUCAGAGAUAACAGGAACAGUAGCUAUUGAAUUUAAAAAUCAAACAUAUAUAAAAGCACUUGAUAAUGGACUUUUUACAUUGGGAAUUCCUCAUGAUGAAGGUGAGGGUCCGUGUCCAGAAGAAAUUUUAAUAGCUAUUCCAGUGAAUGAGACAAAAGUUGCCCUAAAAUCGGGAUACGGUAAAUAUUUAGGAGUAGAUAAAAAAGGAGUUGUGGUAGGGCGCAGUGAUGCAGUCGGUACCUUAGAACAAUGGGAGCCAAUUUUUCAGGACGGAAAUCUUGCUAUUUUAAGUAGUACUAAUAAUUUCAUUUCUGUGACAAAUGAUGAUGAUGUUGUUUGUCAAAGUAAAACUGCUGGACCUGCAGAAUUCGUUUGUAUCAGAAGUAUUGUACAACGAGUAGACGAUAAUGAUAAAGAAGUAUGUGAAGAAGAACUAGGAUCUAUGGCACAAGUUGAAGAAAAAUUUGUACGCAAGUUUCAAAAGUUUCAAGACAAAAAACUACGAAUAUGUACGUCAGAUCGUUCAACACUAAAAAAAGCAAAAGAAGAAGGUAUACUUCAUGAAACUUUACUUGACAGAAGAAGUAAAAUGAAAGCAGAUCGCUAUUGUAAAUAAAAGAAAUUAUGUAGUUUAAAUUACCUACAUAUUAAUUAUCAUUUAAUAUUUGUCAAACGGUUUUGAUUAUAUAUUUAUAAAUUAAAUACCCAAUUGUAAAAUAACAAUAACACUUGAUUCUAUUUAUUGAAAUUUGGUUUCAAAUUUGUACGAAAUUCAUUGAAGAAUUACAAAUAUACUUAUAUCUUUAGAAUUUUAAAAUUAAUUAGUUUAUGAUUCUUACUAUACGCAUAUGUGAAAUUGUUGAACUACAAAGACAAAUUAUCCGCGGCAAAGCCUGUUGAAAUUCUAUUGUUCGCUUAUACGAAGUUUUUGAAAUAUUCCCCAAAUAUUGUGAAAGGUGCACUUAAUUUGUAAUACAAAAUUUCUUUUGCAAUGCCAUCCGCGUGGGUUGUGAACAGUUGUUUUUUGGAAAAAGAAAUAAUCGAGGGUCUUUCAAUA